AUGACUCCAGUUGUCUUCUUCGUCGUCCUCCUCUCGCUGACAGCUGUUCCUCCAGGUGCAGCUGAUGAAGGAGAUGAUGGAGACUCAUCUCAGGACGUUUCUGAAGUCAUUGCAAGAGCAAAUGCUAACAUAACAACGAAGCUGAUUUAUGACGACAUUGCCCCAAACACGAAAAGGAAUGCAGUCCCCUGCACUGCUAUAGGCUGCAAGUGGCGUAAACGUGGACGCUAUGUAACAGUGCCUUACACCAUCUCCUCUGAAUACUCCACAGACGAGCGCAACUUCAUCAUCAAGACCCUGGAGUCCUUCCACCAGUCCACUUGUGUUCGCUUUCAGAUGAGGACCUCGAGGCAAUUUACUUACCUACACUUCUUCUCUGGAACUGGGUGCUGGUCCUUCCUGGGCCGUCAGAUAGGAAAACAGCUUGUCUCUCUGAAGAAAAACGGCUGUCUGCACACGAGCACGGUGCAGCAUGAGGUUCUCCACGCUCUCGGGUUCCACCACGAGCAAGUCCGCUCCGACAGAGACGACUACGUCAACAUCAACUACAACAACAUCAAGUUCGAAACGCAAUACAACUUCUGGAAAAUUUGGACCAACAACCUGGGAACUCCCUAUGACUUCCAGUCCGUCAUGCAUUACAGCAAGUACGCCUUCUCUAAAAAUGGCCAACCCACCAUCGUUGCCAAGAGCGACCCGAAACUUAACUUCGGACAUGCCACGACGUUGAGCGCCAAUGACAUCGCCCGUGUCAACAGGCUGUACAAAUGCUGA